AUGCUUCAUCUCGAAGAUCAUGUUUACCUAGCGCCGUUUGACAAUAGCUUUGACGUAUCGAGUGCGCCAACCAGCCCCUCGAGCGAAAAGACCGGCAAAACCUUGGAAAAGCGGCUCAGGAAGCUCACCAAGAAGCUCGACGAGCAACAAAGAAUGCUCUAUGCGCAGGACCGCUAUGCCGUGCUGUUGGUCUUUCAAGCGCUUGAUGCGGCGGGCAAGGACGGCACAAUCCGCGCCGUAUUCAAUCGCGCUGACCCGGCUGGCGUUCGUGUUCACCCCUUCAAAAGCCCUAGUAGCGAGGAGCUUGAGCAUGAUUUUCUAUGGCGCACCAGCAAAGUAUUGCCGCGUAAGGGCAAUUUCGGAGUCUUCAACCGGAGUUACUACGAAGAGGUGUUGCGCUACGAGUCAAUCCGACAUCAUGAGCAACACUUGGCGCAGUGCGGAACCGUCGUCAUUAAGUUUUGGCUAAAGCAUUCGAAAGAUGAGCAGAAGGCAAGAUUUAUGGACCGGCUCAAUCAACCCGAGAAGAACUGGAAGUUCUCCGAUGCGGAUGUACGUGAGCGCGGUUUCUGGGACGAGUAUAUGACGGCCUAUGAGGACGCGAUCAACGCCACAGCUCGACCGUGGGCGCCCUGGUACGUGAUUCCUGCCGACAACAAAGACUAUAUGCGGGUUCAGGUUGCUGAGAUUGUUACUGAAACGCUGGAUCAGCUUGAUCUGCACUAUCCAAUCACAAGUGAAGAACGUAGCACGCAACUGGUAGGAAUGAAGCGGCAGCUCGAGAGCGAAAAGUAA